AUGCAAUGGCUGUUCCCUUGGGUUCCGGAGAGCAGUCAUCCUCGUCUUGCGACUGGCGAAGUUUCGACGGGCAUAGCGGAUGCUUUUCCCGCCCGAGCUCAGCCAGCACUUCCCCUCUUUAAGGUCUUCCUUUAUCGCCUCUGGCAAAGCCUGGAGCUCGGACGUGAGUUCUGGUCCCUGCGGCUGUGUUGCUCACGCGGCGUAUCAGCUCAAGAGUUUCAAGAGACAGGCGCCUCUGGUGGUUUUAAAACUCUCAGCCUCUGCCAGUGUGAAGGUGUUCGACAAGCCGGUCAUAUUCCUCGUCGAUUGCCAUGCAGAAUCUUCCCAAAGCGGCAGCGUAGCGAAGAGAUCCCAGUUGAUGGUAGUCCUGGGAUUUCUCUCUGA